UCAAAUUAUAAGUUUUUCAUGAAAUAUAUUCGCAAAAAACUGAAAUUAAAGAACAAAUAAUAAAAUGGAUGACAUACAGAAGAAUCCCAUGAAGAUAUACGUGCAAGAUAUAUACCGCGCUAGCCGUACAGACCACAACAGAUACGUUUUCGAGAUGUUCGGUCAGCGUUUCAAAAAUAUAAUGAUACAUGGGAUCGUUACAACUUUGAAUACCUGCAAAAAGGACGCCGCACAUUUCGAAUUGAGCGACCCUACUGGUACCGUCCAAAUAUAUUAUGAUAGUACCACAAAUAACCAACAUGUUUCGAAGAAAACUAUGAGAGACUUAAUUGGUAGUUUUGCCUCAAUAUCUAGAUAUCACGACGAAAACGUCCUUACCAUGUCAUCACUACUCAACAGUAUCGAGAAAAAGCAUUUGAAGCCGUUAGAUUUUGAAGAAGGAUCAUAUAUAAGUGUUGUUGGAGAUAUUUUCACUGAUCAGACUGGUGUGCGCUGCAUCUCAGCUUAUACUUGUAAGAGCACAUCAGUAGAUCGAGACAUACUUUGGAUGGAGGAGCUGCAUUAUCUGUAUAAGAAAUACUAUUUGAAUCCAGUAGAUUCAGGAUAAUAAUCUGUUUCGGAAGUUUGGGAUUUAAUAGAGAAUUUGAAUGGAGUUAAAUGUUGAUUGAUCAAAUACAUCUUAUCAUCUUUAAAGAGUGUAUGUUAUUGUUUCAAUUUUUUAAAAGAAGCUCAGAAUGCUAAAGAGAAAAGUUAUUAAAACGACUAUGGAUACCUUGAAGUAACAUUUAAAAUGUGGCUGCGACUAACCCAAGGUAGGAAAAGAUGGACAACUGUUUUGUAAGUUUGUUAAUUUAGUGCAUACAGAAUAAAAUAAAUAUCUAGUGCAACU